GAAUUACUUAAAUAGAAGUUUUCUAUUAUUGUAUUAUACAAUGCACUUAACUUUUUGCAUUUAUUCUUUCUUGACAUUAUUUAAUUUUUAUUCCUCCACGUGUACUGAUGAUGUCAUACAAUGGUAUAGACCUUCUCGAGCACUGAAUCUUUCAUAUGUGCUUGCAGCUUAUGAAGGUACAAUUUUCACAAAUACAAUACCACCUUUUUUAUCUGGAGUUGAAGAAGUUGAUUCGCUCAAUUUAUCAGAUGAUGAUAACAUUUCGUCAAUUCAAAAAAAGGCAGACCGCAUUAGUUUUCCAUCUACUCCGUCGAUCCGUAGUUAUAGACAUCCCAGCGAAUUCCGCACAGUACACAAAAGAAAAUUUUCGGUUUCGCCAACAUCGUUUAUAGAAACAAAUUUAAAACAAAAAAACAAAAAAUCCUCCGAGAAUUUGAAUUUAAUUUCGGAAAAUCAGGUUUAUCAUUUGUUACCACAGGAUAGUAAUCAAGUUUGGAUAUAUGUACUUAAACGAGAAAUUUCAUCCAUUCCUCUUAUUUUUUAUCAAGCGUUCAACUGUUUAAUCUUUAUCAGUUUAUCCGGAUACUUUAGUAUUUUAGGAUUAACAAAAUGGAAAUGGUAUUUAUUUUUUUGUACAGCUUUUUCUACCUUUACUCUAACUAACAUUACUCUUUCUUCCCUUUUGCCAUUUUACCCAUAUACGUUCAUAAGCUUGUCUCUAAUUAUUGUUAUUAUACUGACCAACUUUUCCACAACACCUAUAAGACUUCCCUUUAAAAAUUUAUCUUUAUCAUUCCAGAAUCAUUCCUUUGGUUGGAUAGUCAAUGUUUUUAUGAGUGCCUUUAUUCUUUUCAACAUAAUCUACAGUUUACUGUUAUGCUUGGUUUCUGUAUUUAUCAAUAAAAAUUUGUUGUUAACAUUUUACUCAAGUCAUGAGGUGAUGGUUAAUUUCUUUUAUUUAUUAAUCAUGGUAACAUCAGCUAUCUUCUUAUUUGCGAACUUGUGCAAUAAAACUACUAAAUCAUCGGUGGUUUAUUCAUGCGUCAUCAGCAUUUUCACGUCUUAUGUAACUCUCAGUUGCUUCGUAUUUCUUUUCAAUUUAUCAUUUUACCGCCCUAAACUUUUGCAUUAUGUUCCAACUAUUGACGGUAGUAUUGGUACACUUCAAAUUCCACUUUCUCCUUCACUUUUUUUUCAUCCUGUGUGUGGUAUAUUUACAGAUAUACGGUACAUAAGCCUUGUUGUACUUCUACUCUUAGUAACGAUGUUUAACACUGCAAUACAACAGAAACAUUUACCUUAUACAAUGACAGCGACUCCAGCUCGUUCAAUGUUUACUUAUUCCUAGAAAACUGUCAGCAAAAAAUACAAUAGGAAAAAAAGGAAAAGAAUAACAAAAAACACUCAAGACACCUUUUCUUUUUAGCAUGAAUUCUAUUUAUUUUAAAUUUUGUUACACUGAAUCUAAUGUUACAAAGAAAUAUGUAUUCAACAGGCCUUUGGCCGGCGUAAAAAAUAUUCCUGUCAUAGUUGAAGCUGUGUCAACGUUACCACAGAAUGAAAGAGCAUUGAUAAAGUCAGACGCGUUUGUGUUAUAAGCUUUCAUUAUAUGACUCAUAGUAUUCCCUUUGAUUUAAUAGAGUUUGUUUUUGGUGAAUAGGUUCGAUAAUGACCAAACAUUUUACAUAAUCGGAUUCUCGGGCGAUAGAAUUUUAUUACACGAUCAUUACACCAAUAUAGCAUUCUGAAAAUUUUUUUUUUGUUUAUUCCUUAAAAAAAAAAAAUGUUUUUAUUUUUAUACAAGUUGAAAAUUUUUAU